UAACGCUUUUUUUUUAUGAGCUUGGUAUACAGCCAAUUUUGAGAAGAUCGACAUGUUUACCCGUGGGUUUUCCGGCGUCCUCUAACCUGUGGCCGUCCAACGGUGGCAAACGGAGCUCGGCCAGGCAUCAGGAUGUGGUGGAUGGAAUGAACACUCAAAUGUGUCAUCACGGCAGCGAUGGAUAUCCAACCUGUCGUUCUCUUCCUCCUCAGUGAAGGCCUCUCGUCAACCGUAGGUCAUCGAAAGGAUCUCAAGCGCCAUUUGGUUCUUAAUUCAUUCUCCGAAUAGGAAAGCAUCGAACAGGGAACGAAAAAAAAAAUAGAAGCGGAUCAAUCAAGCAGAAAAGAAAAAAAAGAGCUUGCUCGGCCGAUCAGAGCCACCAUCCCUUUACAUGCCUCUUGAAUUAUAGAGGAUAUGCUGUGGAGAGGGUUUCCCCACCAAGGUGCAGAGAAUUCGUGAUUGCUGCAGAGAGCUUGUUUUUAAGGAGUCAAUUUCCUGAUACAAUCGUAGCCGAUAUUCAAUAUGGCCAGUCACCCUUCUGAAGGAUACAACUUGGCAUUUAGACCAAAGUCAGCUGCAGUCUCCAAAGGGUACAACUUUGCCUCUUCUUGGGAGCAGAAUGCUCCCUUGACAGAAGAAGCACAUGCAGCUGUAAUUUCAUUAUCUCAUGCUGUUGCAGAGCGACCUUUCCCAUUAAAAUUGUCCCAAGAGCAUGUGGAGCAGGAGAAUGUUGUCCCAGAUUUUCAGAAUAGUAACAUGUCGGCAGCUUCUUGGCCAACAGAUGCAGUGCUGGUCAACAGCCAUGAGUUCUAUAAAUGGUUUACGGAUCUCGAAUCAGCUACAAAGUCAGAGUGGGAGGAGAAAUAUCGGCAAUAUGUCAGUACAUUGAAGCAACGUAUUCAGACAUGUGAUGAAGUCUUAUCUCAAGUUGAUAGCACAUUAAAUUACUUCAAUGAGCUACAGCUUCAGCAGCAAGCAGUUGCAGCAAACACUAAGACUUUGCAUGAUGCAUGUGAACAAUUGCUUGAUGAAAAGAAGAGAUUAACAGACUUCGCUGAAGCUAUUCGCAGUAAGCUCAACUAUUUUGAUGAAUUGGAGAAUGUUGCUGCUGAAUUUUAUUCUCCAAGCAUGAAUGUAGGAAAUCUGCGAUUUCUCCCUUUGCUGAAACGACUUGACGAGUGCAUUUUGUAUGUUGAGAGCAAUCCACAAUAUGCGGAAUCCAGUGUUUACUUGGUCAAGUUUCGACAACUACAGUCUCGUGCAUUGAGUAUGGUUCGAUAUCAUGUGCUUUCAGUUCUCAAGAGUGCUUCUUCACAGGUCACGGCAGCAAUUAAAGAGACUGGCGGCAGAAUUACUGCUGUGUCCGGAGGUGUAGAAGCAUCUGUCUUAUAUGUUCGAUUUAAGGCUGCUGCAGGCGAGCUUCGACCAGUUAUGGAGGAACUUGAAAGUAGGGCCUCCAGAAAAGAAUAUGCCCAAUUACUUUCUGAAUGCCAGCACUUAUAUUGUGAACAGCGACUUUCUCUUAUAAAAGGAAUUGUACAGCAGAGGAUUACUGAGUUUUCCAGGAAAGAGAUGCUGCCAUCAUUAACUAGGUCUGGAUGUGCUUACCUGAUGGAGGUCUGCCAGCUCGAGAACCGUCUGUUUGAUCACUUUUUCCCUUCAUCCACUGAUGCUGCAAGCCUUGCACCUCUAAUAGACCCCUUAUGUACCUACUUGUAUGAUACAUUGCGCCCCAAGCUUAUUCAUGAGGCAAAUCUUGAUUUUCUAUGUGAUCUUGUUGAUAUACUGAAAGUUGAAGUCCUUGGUGAACAAUCUGGUAGACGUGUUGAGUCAGUGGCAGGAAUACAGCCAACAGUGCUCAGAAUCCUAGCAGAUGUUCAUGAGAGGUUAACUUUUCGUGCACAAACAUAUGUUCGUAAUGAGAUAGCAAAUUAUCUUCCUUUUGAUGAAGACUUGGAUUACCCUGCCAAGCUGGGAGAGUUGAACAACACACAAUUAGAUAAUAGUGUUGAUGAAAAGAUGCUUGCUUUUAAGACUUGGUAUCCCACAUUACAGAAGGCCUUAACAUGUCUAGAAAAGUUGUCCCAUCGCUUGGAACCUACAGUUUUUACUGGCCUUGCACAGGAAGUUGUUGAAGUUUGUUCCACAUCCAUUCAGAAAGCAAGCAAACUGAUUGCAAAAAGAUCUUCCACUAUGGAUGGGCAGCUUUUCCUCAUUAAACAUUUACUAAUACUGAGAGAGCAGAUUGCAAACUUCGAGAUUGAAUUUUCUGUGACCCACAAGGAACUGGACUUCGCUCAUCUGCUGGAACAUCUGAGGAGGUUACUCAGGGGUCAAGCAUCUUUGUUUGAUUGGUCAAGGUCGUCAUCAUUAGCAAGAACAUUGUCGCCAAGGGUUUUGGAGAAUCAGAUAGAUGCAAAGAAGGAAUUGGAGAAAUGCCUCAAAGCCACAUGUGAAGAAUUUAUCAUGUCUGUGACAAAAAUUGUGGUUGAUCCUAUGCUUUCCUUUGUAACCAAGGUUACUGCAGUAAAGGUUGCAUUAUCAUCUGGCAGCCAAUCUCAGAGAAUAGAUUCAGUUCUAACAAAACCACUCAAGGAUCAGGCUUUUGCAUCUCCAGAGAAAGUGUCAGAGCUUGUACAAAAGGUUGAUAAUGAAAUUCGACAAGAAUUACCCAAAGUUAUGGCAAAAAUGAAACUCUAUCUCCAGAAUCCAUCAACGCGAGCAAUUCUAUUUAAGCCCAUCAAGGCAAAUAUACUUGAAGCCCAUAUUCAGGUACACAAAUUAAUAGAAUCUGAAUAUACUUCUGAAGAAGCUGAAAGUAUUGGAAUGGUAAAGACUGAGGAAUUGCAAGCUCAGCUGGAAAAAAUUUUGUAAGCUAUACAAGAAUGCUAUCCAGAAGAGAAAUUGUCUUCAGGUUAAAUUUUUCUGUAGCAUUCAGUCUUUGGUAUUCUUCUUUAUUUCUUGAAGCUCAACACGUAUAUAUGGCAUAAGCUAGAGUCAAUUUUAAGUUUUGUAUUCAUUUGUUAUGUGCUCCCUGGUUUAUGCUUCCUUGCUUAGCCUCAUGCGAGGCCUUGUAAUCAUUUUACUGCUUACCACAGAGCAAUUUAAGUGCAGAUGAAGAUGGUGCUUUAAUUGAA